UGUACUGUCUCUUUAAAUGCAGGAGAGCUGCGUGUGAGUAGACGUUCACUGUCCUGCGAGAAAACACGGCACCGAAUGGCUGCACAGACAGACUCUUGCUACUUAGGCUUUGACUUCAGCACCCAGCAGCUGAAAGUAGUUGCUAUUGAUGGAAACCUUCAAGUUACUCACCAGAACAAUGUCCAGUUUGACAGUGAUCUGCCAGAGUUCAGGACUCAGGGAGGAGUGCACAUCCACGAGGACAGAUUGACUGUAACCUCCCCGGUGUGCAUGUGGUUGAAGGCACUUGACCUCAUCCUUGAGAAGAUGAAGAAUGCCGGCUUUGACUUCUCUCAUGUUAAGGCAGUUUCAGGGAGCGGGCAGCAACAUGGCAGUGUGUACUGGAAAAAAGGAGCAAGACAGGCUCUGCAGCAUCUUGAUCCAGGGAGAGAUUUGCACAGCCUGCUUCAGGGUAAUUUUGCUGUCCAAGACAGUCCAGUGUGGAUGGAUUCCAGUACUGCAGAGCAGUGUCAGUACCUCGAGUCUGCAGUAGGGGGUGCUCAACAGCUUGCUGACAUCACUGGGUCACGAGCCUAUGAGCGUUUCACUGGAAACCAAAUUGCCAAGAUCCAUCAGUUCCAGCCAGAUAAAUACAAUGAAACAGAGAGAAUCUCAUUGGUCAGUAGCUUUGCUGCAUCUCUCUUCCUUGGCAACUAUGCAGCAAUUGACUACAGCGAUGGUUCAGGGAUGAAUUUAAUGGACAUCUUCACUAAACAGUGGUCAGAACCAUGUCUGAAAGCCACAGCACCUCAGUUAGCAGAGAAGCUGAGUGACCCCACACCAUCUACAGUGGUUCUGGGCUUUGUUUCCCACUACUUUGUUAAGCGCUUUGGGUUUCCGGAAGAUUGCAAAGUGGUUGCUUUCACCGGAGACAACCCUGGAUCGCUAGCUGGGAUGCGCCUACAGGAGGGUGAUAUAGCGGUGAGCUUGGGUACAAGUGAUACUGUCUUCCUUUGGAUCAAGGAACCGAGGCCCACACUGGAGGGCCAUAUCUUCUGCAACCCUGUGGACAAUCUGUCCUACAUGGCUUUGAUCUGCUACAAGAAUGGCUCUUUGACUAGAGAGAGGAUCCGUAACGAGUGUGCAGGGGGAUCAUGGGAAGGUUUCUCCAGAGCCCUGAGGUCCGUCCCCAUGGGAAACAAUGGAAACAUAGGCAUUUAUUUUGAUGCAGUGGAGAUCACACCCCCAGCGGUUGGGAUUCACAGAUUUGAUCAGCAUGAUAGACGAGUAGCUACCUUCACCCAGGAGGUGGAAAUUCGAGCCCUGGUUGAAGGACAGUUCUUGGCAAAGAGGGUGCAUGCCCAGAAGCUGGGCUAUAAGAUCAUUCCAGGAACGCGUGUGCUGGCGACGGGAGGGGCCUCGUCUAACAAGGACAUUCUUCAGGUUCUGUCUGACAUCUUCAGUGCUCCAGUAUACACUAUUGAUGUGGCCAACUCUGCUUGUCUAGGCUGUGCCUACAGAGCUAUGCAUGCACUUGUUGCGGGAAUGGGGGUGUCCUUCUCAGAAGCAGUGAGAAAAGCCCCAGGAGCACAACUGGCAGUGACGCCAAGCCCAGAGGCCGAGGAGGUCUAUGGACCUCUUCUGAAGAGAUAUGCAGAACUGGAGGAGAAAGUUCUCAAGGACAUAAAACUGUGAUUCAGAUUGCACGGUGCCUUUAAGCUAUUCCUCUCUACCAUGAACAGAUGAAGCCUCAACCAUAAUUCAUUAUUCUAUAUGAAGGAAUUUCCUUUGUUCUUUCAUUUACCUAUAUGAGAAGUCUAUGUGGAGAUCAUCUCGGGUUGAGUCAUUGCUUAGUGCUGGCUGUGGGCAGGAAGCAGCUCAGUGUGGUCAUUACUCUGGCCUGAUGGUUUCUAAUGUAUCACCAUAUCAGGUUUACCCACUAACAUGAUUCUAGUCUGAGGUGUGGAAUUAAGAGAAGAAAUUACUGUCAGGAAGUACAUGACUGGAGCUCUGCUUCCCCUUCUAACACAGAGUGAUUAUUUUAUGUGCGCACGUGAACUAUGUGUGUGAGAUGUUUUGACCUAAGGCUGUGUUCUAUUAAUACUCUAUCCAAGUUUCACACAUUCCCUGCUCACUGACACCAGUGGCCCUCUGCUGCCAUUUUAAAUCAAUUGUUCAUUAGUCUCCAGCCUUCCCCACUGCUUAGUGAACUCAUGGGCUGUAAGACAAGAUGACAGUGUUGCAUGCAUUUAUGCUGGAAGAAAUUGUGUUUAGGUGAUGAUCUGAAUAUAGCCGUGCAGAGUGCACAGCCCUGAAAGUGUUUAAUUUGGACUUAAGUGAGUUAAAAACUGAUUCGAUUUGUGUAUUUAGACAUGAACAUAUUGUCACAGGACAAAACCUCAAAUCUCCAAAAAGGGAAUUUUGCAGGAGAAGGAAAAAAUCUUAAUGAAGUUAAUGAAACCACAUGUUAAUUUUGGAGCAUUUCUGUUUCUCUAUUCCUCAAGAAACUUUAACACAAUGCAAAGAGCAGCUGGUAUUUUUAGUCAUUAUUGUAAAAAUUUAGAUAGAAGUUUUUGUCCUGACAGCGAUGAUAUGAUAAUUUGCCUAAUUUGCUGAUAAUUUGCUGAAGUAGUGGUGAUCAAAAUGUAGACUAGAGGUCUGCGCGGGACUUUUUUCAGUCUCACUCCCGCCCGCUCACGCAAGAUUUCAUCCUGCUCCCAAAGAAAAUCGGAAUCAUUUGUCCCGCUCCCGCCCGCUACUGAAACAUUUUGGCCCACGCAGUUCCAUCGAGGCGAACUGACAUCAAAUGUCUGGCAAAGUCUAUUCACAAAUACAUUCAUUUCUCUCUGUAAUAACAUGGCAGUCAUGGUCAGCCUUACUGUGAAGUAAUUUCACCAAACACCAUUUAUUCCCAGCAAACACAAAGCAGGAAUUAAAACACAGAACAGUUAUUUUUCGUAUUUUUCUGGGCUCGGCAGCUGUGGUCAGCUGUGGUCAGAUUCACGUGAUCAGUUGCUUCGCAGCUCUUUAAAAAAGAUUCAUAAAUUUUAAUUGUUUUAUGUUAUUGUGUUAAAUUGUUUAUACAUGUGAUUUAGUGAUCAUUCGACUUCAUGUAGACUACUCAUUCAUUUGCGGGAUUUCUCUUCAUGCAUCCCGCUCCUGCCUGCAGUGGGUUGGUUUCCUUCCCACUCCCGCACACAACACUGUGGACCAAGGCAAGAAUAAAUUUAAAAAUUCAGUGUGUGUUUUCA